CACUCGCUUCACUUGUUCUCUACCAACCACCAAAUUACUCUCCCUACACACUCGCCUUCCAUUGACAUGGACAAGUAGAUCGUCAUGUCACAUAUGAGUCAGCUGUUGUACUGUCUUUCUGCCCACAAAGUCACCUCCGCCCCACCAUGAGCAGGUUUUUGACUCCUUCCAAACUGACCGUAUUGGCUCUUGGACUUAUCUACACUGAAGAUUUGGUACCAACAUCACAAGCAUGUUCAGUCUUGGCCUUUCUCCUCACACAAAUUGUACCCUCUGUCAACUCACAUGCGACAUCAAGUGACAGUUCGCCCUUUCAUUUUGAGCCAUCGGUUCCAAUCUCAGUCUUCGAGUCCGCCCUGUCCAGUCUUCCGUCUGCUCGUCCUGGAAGGACUCUUUACGAUUUGCUUCUGAGGAGAUUGUGGGCUAUCAACUGUUCUGAUGCCCUCGAUGCCUUCAUCACCAAUUUGCCACAGCUUCUCAGCAAGACGAGAGAACAAAUUCUCCAGGAGCGUGCCACGGGUGAGAUUUUGGAGCACCAUGGUCGUAUCCUUCGUACAUCUCCUCUCGGCGCCUUCAUCCGUCGCUGUACUCUGGAGUAUAUGAGAUUACAGUUCCAAGACAGCAUCAGCUUAUGGCAUGACUUCAUAGCUUACCGAGCUCCAACACGUCAAGCCUUCGAGAAGAAAAAUGCCGUCGAUGACAGAGCCCCGCUGGAUGCCAAUUUCACCGAUUUGGAAAUCGAUGGCUCCCACCCUCUAGCCCACAUCAUGUACGGCAGACUUGCAGAGCUCGAUCUUGACGCCCAGACUGCAUUCAGCACAUACGACGUGGAAAAGUUGAUGGAAUUUCAGGUUUCAGAAAUGCAAAGACUUGGAGGCCGUUUGCCAGAUGAGAUGAAGGUGCGGCUGAAGCAAAUGUCGGACGCCGGACUCGCAGUGCCCACCCUCUCCCAUUACCUUGCAUUCUUGGAUGCAUGGCGCGCAGGAGACUACUUUUCCGCAGUUGACAACCUGCAUCGGUAUUUUGAUUACACCAUGCAGAAUCGAGAGCGAACCUUUUAUCAGUAUGCGUUGCUCAAUCUAGCCAUCCUUCAGGCAGACUUUGGCUGCCACGCCGAAGCAAUACCAGCAAUGCAAGAAGCCAUCUCAACCGCCAGGGAGACCAAAGAUGUCACGUGUCUCAACUUUUGUAUGAGCUGGCUCUAUCACUUUGGUCGUUCCUUCUCCACACAAAUGAAAGCCAUUCGCGAGACUGGCAUCUUGGGCAGCGACACAGAGGGUCUUCAGUUUCUCAAGUCCCGGGCCAAGGACUCUGAGAUGUGGACUCUCCUCGGCACGUCGCUACUCAGCGAGGCCAAGCUUGGCCUCCAAUACGGUGACAGCAUCGCCACUGUCUUUGAGAAUAUCACCAAGGCCGCUCACCUCAAUAACGUCAAAGCCACGCAAGGCAUAACGGGUCCGACUCUUCUGAUCAAAGGCGCAACAUUCAGUAGAAUCGGAGUAGGACAUCUGGGCUGGCUUGGUGGAGAAAUAUAUCUUCAAUGUCAUGCCAAAAAUGCUCCUUUGGACGACGUAUUGAAAUGUACCUGCAGGAGGGCCACCUUGCUAGCCCAGAGAGGUCGAUGGACCCAAGCGGAAGCGGCAUUGGAAACCCUUCCAGACAGCGUACUUCGCGUGCUCAAGUUUCAAAACUAUUUAUCCUUCUUUGCAAAUUUACUCAAUGUUAGGAGGUUGGUCCAUCGGCACAACCUGACCGCUGCGAGUCGCCUCAUUGAACGCUUGAAGGGACAAGGUCCACCCGACCCCGAGACUGGAUUCUCCAUGUCCUUAGUGGAGGUGGAACUGCUAUGUCGCCGAGGUAUCCUGGAUCGAGCUCUUCAGAUGGUUGAAAAUUUGGCAAAAGGUGCCGCUUUUGAAUUCAAUGAUGUUGCAGUCUAUACUCGGCUCAUGAUCCUCAAGGCACGUAUCCUAAUCGAGAGUGGUUUUCCACUAAAAGCAUUUUCUCUUUCUGUCCGGGCUGCCCAAUUGGCAUACCACUCGAGACUUCUUCCGCAUCUUUGGGAAUCCAUUGGCCUCGUCGCGCUUGUGCUCAUUGAACUAUCCGAGUUCACGGCUGCGGCUGACCUCUUGCAGUCAAUGAUGCCUCAGGUCCUAGAAUGUCAGGACUGCGAGCUGGCUGCCAUAACCUACUCAGCCUUGGUCGAUGCUCAAAUGGGUCUGGCGGGACAAGAACAGGACAAGUCGACCAAGCAAAAGGAGCACAUCAAUCGGGCUUUGGAACAUAUCGAUCAUGCAUAUGUGCAAUUUCGAUACCUCGAAGAUCUCAGAGGUCAACAGGACAUGUUGAAGAAGAAAGCUACCAUCUUGCAUUGGCAAGGUGACCUGCUCCUGGCAAAUGAUACCGCUACUCAAUUUCUCGAAGUGGAAAAGGAAUACUCUGCUUCGGGUGUGGGACUAUGACCUUGACGAAAUGACGAUAGCCAAAGUAAAUUGAAAGUUCGUGGGUCUUGAAUUUAAGCAGAUUGACUUUGCAUGUGCGAUAUCAGCAGAGCAGUUGUAUUCAUUCUUGCUACCCUUGUAACUUCGGCUCUGUGCCACAUUCACCGCUGAUCGAUAUGUACACAAUGGAAUCGACGAUUGUUCCAUGUCCUCGUCGCUAGCCUCGCUCUAAGCUUGACCUCAAAAUCCCUUCCAAUUUCAAUAUGAAUGGAGUGGUCUAUGUGGCCUUGUCCUUUCGGUGGUAGUUGACCUUGUCAUUCCAGAACAAGGUCUUGUCACCAUCGCCCCAGAAGAAGUUCUUUGACCGGAUAUUUUGGUAUGGAUAUUCGACACGCUCUUCCAAGGGUGGGAGAUGUUCCCAAUGCUCCCAAUGUUCAUUCCAGAGGUUCCAGGCGUUGAUGCUUCCAAGGAUCAGGCAGGGAAUGACGACACUAUGAGACGGAAGGCUUUGAUUAGAAUAUGGAUUCUGC